AUGUCCGGAGUAGCUACCCCGACGUUAAGCGUCGAUACAAGCAACAAGUCGUUGACACCACCCGAUGCAGUUGUCCAGCGGGACGCUAAUGAUGUGGAGGGCCUUAUCCGUGAUAAGAUUGAGAGAGAUCCUGUUGAUAUACUGGCAUAUUUGGAGCUGAUACAGUACUAUGAAUCUCGAGAUGCGUUUGAGGACUCUAGGAAGGUAUAUACACAAUUACAUAAUAAAUUCCCGUACUAUUCACCAUUGUGGACUCUGCAGUUGAAGGGCGAACUACAACGAGAUGAAUUUAAGACAGUUGAAAGAUUACUAGCUGAAUGCUUAUCUGGUGAAAAGGCCAAUAAUGAUUUACAUUUGUGGGCAACUUACUUGGAUUAUGUGCGUCGAACGAAUAAUUUGAUUACUGGAGGACAGGAAGCCCGAGCAGUUGUUGUGAGAGCAUUUGAGUUAGUUAUGGAGAAAUGUGCUGUAUUUGAGCCGCGCUCCUCAUUCUUUUGGAAUGAUUAUCUAGGGUUCCUGGAACAGUGGAAACCUGUUAAUAAAUGGGAAGAGCAACAACGAAUUGAUAUGAUCAGGAGACUUUAUAAAAGAAUGCUUAGCGUUCCAUUCGAGAGUAUCGAAAAGACCUGGAAUAGAUAUACACAGUGGGAACAAGAUGUCAAUUCUUUGACCGCAAGAAAGUUCAUUGGUGAGCUAUCGUCAGAUUAUAUGAAGGCUCGUUCAUUGUAUCAAGAAUGGUCCCAUCUGACAAGAGGUCUAAAAAGAUCUGUUCCAUCAAGUUUGGCUACUGCAAAUAAGAAUACGACUCCAAGAUCUGACGAGCCAGUAGACUCAAGCCAAUUGAAGGUAUGGCUAAAUUGGAUCAAGUGGGAGAAAGAUAAUAAAUUGGGCCUUGAAGAAAGUGUGCUCAGUGCAAGAAUUACUUACAUAUACAAGCAAGGCGUGCAACAUAUGCUCUUUGCUGCUGAGAUGUGGUAUGACUACGCUAUGUAUGUUUCUGACACUUCAGAACGUUGCCAGAUCUUACAUACAGCGGUCUUGGCUAACCCAACAUCGCCCUCGCUUACCUUCAAACUCGCCGAAUGCUACGAGUUAGACAAUAAGUUGGAUUUGGUUCAAAAAUGUUUUGACGAUUGUUCGCAGAGUUUACUGCACCAGUAUCGUUCAGAUCUCGCUGCUAAAGAUGAGCUUACGAUUUACAGACAAAAGAAAAAUUUGACGUUUGUCAACUGUAUAUACAUGAACACAAUGAAGAGAUUAUCGGGACUAUCAGCAGCUCGAUCUGUCUUUGGUAAAUGUCGUAAACUCAAAAAUAAUUUGACCCAUGAUAUUUACAUCGAGAAUGCUUAUCUGGAGUACCAAAACCAGAAUGAUUACAAAACUGCAUGCAAAGUCUUGGAGUUGGGGCUGAAAUAUUUUCAAGAGGAUUCUGUUUAUGUGAACAAAUAUUUGGACUUCCUGAUUGUGCUCAAUAAGGAUCCUCAAAUCAAGACUCUAUUUGAAACUUCUGCAGAAAGGUUAAAGGAUUUAGAAGGCUUGAGAUCAUUGUACAAGAAGAUGAUCAGUUACGAGUCGAAAUUUGGGAGCUUGAGUAAUGUUUACUCGCUUGAGAAAAGAUUCUUUGAAAGGUUCCCACAGGAAAAUUUGAUCGAAGUCUUUACGGAUAGAUAUCAAGUUCAGGACGUGAACUUGAUUAAGAAGCUUGAAUUGACAUACAUGGAUAAUGAGCCAGCCACGAACUCAGAGGAUUUGUUAAACUCGUCAUUGAAAAGAUCUCGCGACGGUCAAGCAAAUGGUCAGCCUCAAAAAAGAAUCAAGAAAGAGCCAUCAGUCCCCUCUGAGAUUUUUGAUUUACUUGCAAUAAUCCCUAAACGCCAGUAUUUCAAGGUAGCCCUACUGGAUCCACAGAAUUUGGUCACCUAUUUGAACGAACAAGUGGAACUCCCACAGAGUGGUAGCACGUAG